AUGCCAGACACCCCAGGGGGCCACCCGCCUCGACCCCCCAGCUCAGCUCUCAUCUACAGCAACGUGGGAGAGCUGCGAGCCCACCUCGUCCCCCGUAAGGCUAACCGAGGGGAAGCAGCUGGGAGAUCCCCCUCUCAGCCCAACCGGGACCCCCUGCCUCCCCCAUUGCCAAAAAAGCAGCUCCAGCGAGCGGAAUCCCUCCCGGAGCAGGGGCCAUCCCAGCAUUGUCGGGGCAACCCCACACCACAGGCCAGCAGCAUCCUCUACAGCAUCCCACUGCCCCAUCUGCAGCAUGAGAAGGGGGCUCCCAGCUCCAUCCCGCCACAGGACAGACCCUCCUGGGGAUCCAAGAAGAAGUCCCAAAGCCUGGGGGAACCGGUGGCCCGGAGCGGCCCGCACAAAGCCCCACCACCCAGCCCAGCGGAGCUGACGUUCAGGACAGCAGACGGGGGGCUGGGGCAGCUCCUGGAGAGCUCAGCCGGGGUGUGCGGGGUGGUGUUGGGGUGCCAGGCGGCCACCCUGGCCCGGCUCUCGGCUCGCAUCCAGGAGCAGCUCAUGGGGCCGGAGGAGCGGCAGCAGUUGCUGGAGGCAGAGCUGGCCGGGAAGGGCUGGGCAGCGCUCAGCAUCCUGGACCGGGAACCGUGCUGCGAAAGCGGGGACGCCUGGUAUUUUCGGGUGGGCUUCGCUUUUGAGCAAACCCACCUGGUGUUUGCAGCCAAGGUCCCCAAGCCAUGCUGUACCAGCCUGGGGGUGCAGAGCUCUCUUGGGGUGCACUGCAGCAUCCAGCGCCUGAUCGGCCGCUUCACCAACCACCUCCUUCAGGAGCUGGUGCUCCCGGGAAGCCCUGAGGAGCAGAGUCAGUCCCCUUCUGGAGAGAAGCCAGCCUAUCCUGCCACCCCCCGUGCCCUGCAGGUCCUCAUUUCUCCCGAGGUUCCCUACCAGACCCUGGCGGACUUUGUGAAGAAAUCCCAUGGUUUGCACAGGACCAGCCCUGGGCACUACGAACGCCUGGCUUGCCUCCUCCUCCUGCAGGUGUGCAUGGGGCUGGAGCAUCUCCGGGUGCAGAACGUGGGGCAGGGGGACCUCCGCCCUGAGAACCUCCUGCUGGUGCAGUGUCCAUGUCCUCCGCAGAGCCAGCAAGGCAAGGAGGCAUCCCUGGGGCUGGCCCUUCCAAGGCUGCUCAUCAGCAGCUUCUUCAAGGCUAAAGACAAGCAAAGACCUUGUUCUACCAGCCAAGAGCAGGACUGGACCAAGGGGCUUGCUGCACCGCCCUCCCUGAUGGCAGACGAGCUGAAUGUAGGCAUCCUGAUCUACCAGCUCUUGCACGUGGACAUCUCUCUGGAGAAUGCCUUAGGGUUCAGAAGCAAUAGGCUUCCUGAAAUCCCCUCCCUGUCCAUCUAUUCCACGGGACUCAAGCGUCUGGCCAUGCUGCUUCUCCACAGAGAUCCCUGCAAGAGGGUCUCCAUUGAGCAGGCAAGGAGCAUUCUGCAGGUCCUGCUCUGGGGGCCUCGCCAGGAGCUCUUCGCUAGGAGCAAGAAGACCCUCACCCUGCUCCGGAACUGGGUGGAGGUGAAGAGGGCUCUGCUGCUCCUGAAGUUUGCGGAGAAUUCGGCUGGGGCGGUGGGGAGCCCCGGCCUUGAGGAGUGGCUGUGCUGCCAGUACUUCAAGGAGGUCACCGAACACACGCUCUACCAAGUCACCCAGGCUCUCUACACUUCCUAA